AUGAACAUAUGGCAGACACGUUAUGACUCUUCCGAAAAAGGCAAUUGGACAAAGAAGAUGAUCCCGUCAGUACAAGCCCGAUGCAGCCUGCCUUUAAAGCUGGAUCAUUAUACCACGCAGUUUCUAACUGGUCACGGCGAUUUUAGAGCCAAAUUGUCCAGCUUUAAGCUGGUCAACGAUCCUAUCUGCGGGUGCGAUAGGAAGCCCGAGAUGGUCACACACGUCCUAAGGUUCUGUCCUAGGACCUUGACAGCCCGAAACACGCUGAAGCAAGUCCUCAGAGAGGAGGACGAAGCCUGGCCGCCAAGAAACGGGGUCUUCCUCAGAACCAAGAGGACAUACGAGGCUCUAAGGACAUUUUCAAGGGAAGUCCUCUCGAACAGAAGCGACCGAUAA